AUGUCCGGCAAAGGCGCAAGAAAAGGGUCAGCCGCACUGGCGGCAGCGCGCGCGGCAGCUGUCGUGGCCAAGGCGGCGAUUGCCAGAGGUGGAGACUCUGCUCGGUCGGACUGCCUCAUCGAAAUCGCAGAUGCCGAACAGGUGCUGCCCGGGGCAAACGACUCCGCCUGGGCUUCCAAAGUGAAGGUCGCUAUCCAACCAAUCAUGCGACGAUUCGGGCCGGUGUUAGAUGUCCGUGUUCCAACAGGUGAAAAGAGACCAAUCGUCAGCAUACGAUUCGCAAAUCCCAAAGCGGCGGAGGCUGUCAUGGUUGCCGCGUCGCAGGGUUUCUUGGCCGUGGGAGAGUCCGAAGUCCGGGUGUGCCAGCCUUUGUCGAAAGAGGCAGUCUGGCGCAGCUUCCCACCAGCUCGACAACGACCAAAUCCUGCAGGCGAGUCCAAGAAGAAGAAGCUUCGUCCAAACGAGCGCUUCGCUCCACCGCGCAUGCCUCGGGUUGAAGUCGACGAAGCCGAUGAAGCAGCAAAAAACGAGCCUCCAAAGGUUGAGGCUGCCGAGGACCCACAGCCUCCCACCAUUCAACCGCCUGUGCAACUACCACCAGAACCGCCCAGACCCAGUCCGUCGACGGCCAGUGCCGACGCUUCGCAGGAGGACAGAGAAGUUGCGGCUGGUGAGGCGGAGGUGGCCAAAGCCAUGGCAGCGCUCUUGGAGCAGCCAUUCUCCAAACAAAAGAAGGUACUCAAGUCCAUUCGGCUGCAGUGGCAUCCGGACAAGAACCCUGAUCAGUCCUCCAUCGCCACGCGAGUUUUUCAAUUCGUGCAGGCACAUGACCACUGGCUGGCUCAUCACGGACUGAGUUGA